AUGAAGACCUCUCCUUUGAUGCUUGCCGGCCUGCUUGGCCUAGCAGCUGCUGAUCCGAUCAAAAGGCAGCAAGCGGCUCCUACUCCUGCUCCUAAGAAAACCAUCCCAGGACACCUCGCGUAUGUCCCUUGGAAGGUAGACAAGGUCCCCUCUGGUGGUCUGCAGGAUAUAACAUUUCCCGUAUCCAUCAAGGACUCUGUCCGCGAAAAGGGCUGGUUUUUUGCACAAAGCUUUCACUUUGAGGGGCAAUCGAGGGGUGGAUACAUUGGGAUCCAGCCACGCCCGGAUAAUUCCAAAGGCCCUGUUGUCCAUGCCGCAUUCUCAAUAUCAACGCCAAAGGCCCCUUUCAAUGGAAAAUGGCUGCUAUUCAUCGGGGACCCCGAUAAGCCCCAAAACGCCUCAAAUAGCUGCUUUCUGAUUGUACGAAAAGCCUUAAAAGAAGGCUCGCGCUACCACCCCAUUAAAGCCGGACCUUUAAUAGCUAGAUACCGUAGAACCCCUUAA